AUGUCAAGAUCAAAUGAACUUCAUGCAUUGUACUUGAACAGUUUAAACAUGUUCACACGUACAGCAGGGAAAAAGAAAGAGGAUGAAAAGAAGAACGAUCAACCGAAACUUAAGCCAAGCAAAAAUGUACCACAUAAAGAUAUACCCCUGGAGCUACCAGCCUUUCCCCUCACGGCUAACAUGCUGUUUCUGUCAUUCAUCUUGUGGUUCUUGAAUAACUUUUAUUAUUAUAAUAAACAAAAUUACCAGAUUGAGAACUAUACAGUUGGAGACGCAGUGCCUUAUCUCCUUCGAAUGAGAAACUCCAAGAAAGAAGACUUUCCCAUAGAAUCAAAGACUUUACCUCCACUUGUAACAGGCAUCACAUCAUCCCAGUUUUAUCAGUUUCAGGGUCUGGUACGACACAUAGAAGAGGACCUCAGACCCAUCCAUCCAAACCUCAAGUUGAUUGUCUAUGAUUUGGGUCAAAGUUCAAGAGCAAGACAACUGCUGCAUCAAUACUGUAACUGCGAAGUGAGAGACUUCCACUUUGAGAGAUUUCCUGGCCAUGUUUCAACAGUUUCCAACUUCGCCUGGCGCCCUAUAAUCAUCCAUCAGAUACUAGACGAGUAUGGAUCUGUCCUGUAUGUCGAGCCCACAACGAGGCUCAAAAGUCCGAAUUCACUCAACUACCUGCGUAUGCGUGGUUUAAAGAGCUAUUUUGUGUGGGAUCCCCUCACAUUUACCUCGUUGGUUGCUUACACCGACCCGGACAUGUUUGAGUACUUUAAUGAAAGCAGGUGUGCGUUCAAAGACUGCAGCUUGAUUUCAUCAGAAGCAGUGGCCGUGUACAGAACGGAGGCAACCUGGGUGGAACUUAUGAGGCCUUGGUUGGUGUGUGCCUUAAAUGAGCAAUGCAUCGCUCCAACAAAUGCAAGAUACUCCGGCUGCAUCGAAAUUCGACACCCUCACACAACCGGCUGUCACAGAUACGAUAUGUCAGCCCUCAGUAUUAUCCUCAACCGUGCUGUCCAGUACACGAUAGAUUCGGAGCAGAUGGUAUCAUUCAGAUUAACAUACACAGACCUAGAAGAGGUUACCUACUUUCCUGAACAACCCUGGGCACAUACGCAGCUGUUUCUGCUCUUAGUGACACCCCUGUUGUUUGUUUUAGUACAUAAAAUGUUUUGUAAAAAGAGACGAACCUGUAGGUUAUAA